UUGGAAAAUGCGAAGACCGCAAGUAGACGCAACGUGAGAGAAUCCCAACCCGCCUAGCUUAUGUAAAGUAAGGCCACAUUGGCAAGGGAAGGAGGUGAGGUUCUUUUUGUUCUUCGUUCGGUUUUGCUGUUGGAGAGAGACAGAGGGAGGGCAAGCAAAGCAAUUUAGAGAGAAGAACAAAUACAAACCCCGGUCCUUUUGCAAACUUUGUACUGGGUAGUGACAAAGAAUGGGAGGUGAAAGGAAGAGGAUAUUGGUGGGUCUUAUGGUGGCAAUGAUUUUGGGAAUUGCAGUAUACUUCAGGCUUUGGACAAUUGACUAUGCUAUCUCCUCUGAUGACACUGAGUUGAUAAGAAGACAGUUUGAUCUUGCCAAUAGGGAAGCAUUGGAUGAAUCUGCAGAGUGGAGGAUGAAAUAUGAUGAAGAGGUAGAGAGAUCUGCCAAGUGUGAUAAGCAAUUGAUAGAGAUAAAGCAGAAAGUGGAGGAUGCUGCAAGUAUUAACCAACAAUUGGUAAUGCUACAGAAGGAAAACAUGGCCCUGGUUGGAAGGAUGGAAGUCUUAAAAAGAGAGCUGGAGGCUACAAAGUUAAAGUGUCGCUCAAAAAUAGACAGGUGACUUGACCUGAAUCCCGACUUGCCAUCAUAUGUAAAGUAAGUGCCUCUAAUUUGUUUAAAGAAGAACUCAAAUCCUGUGAGACUGCAGUUUCUGACGAGUCCAACAAAGGGAAAAGGAUAUUUUGAAUGCGUUUCAGUGUUUCUACCCAUAACCAUGUACAUUGCAUACAAGAUAUCCGCUUUGUAGUUAAGAGAAUGUUGAAGGAAUUGUGCUAGUCAGAAUAUAUUUCAUGUUUUUCUCCUGGCCCAUUUUAUAGACUUCACGAAGGGAAACAGGGAUUUAUUAGCUUUUGCUGCUCCAUUCUCAAUAAUGUAAAUUUACUCGUGGAAGAAAUCCACAUCUGUAGAUUUUCUUGGGUCCAGAGGGAGCUUUUUUUUCCUAGGAAGAAUUGGUCUUGCAUGUUACAAGUGCUUCAUAUUGGAAUAUUCUUGUUCUCCUUGUGUUCAA